AGCUCGAUAGAAUGCGAAGAAUUAAAUUUUUCGGCAUGGAGUAUCGAUCUUGGUCAGGUGAUAUAUUCAUCGCUAUUACCCACCUCAGUUGAAUGGCAGUCACUGGAUAUUCUCGCGAAAAGAAUAUACCUCGAACCCGUUUAUCAGUCAAAUGCUCAAUUUAUUCCGAACAUAAUGCUAACAGCAUGUAAAUACGAAACACCCAUAUCAUAUUUCAAUGAUCAGCCAUUUACGGUUGAUACACAUAAAGUGGGAAUUGUUUCAAUGUACGAGAAUCAACUUAAUGUUCAGUUUCGUACAUUCGAGAAUGGAAUAUUCAUAUUCUCACUGGCUGAUCAAGGCGACUUGUUGAUUGCUCAAAUUAUUCGUGGAACAAUCCAUAUAAUAUUCGACUUUGGUUCUUUGAGCCAUUCAACAAUAUCAGGAGGACUGGCACUGAACGAUGGAGAAUGGCAUGAUUUUCAGUGGGUACACCAGUUCGAUUCGGUGCAAUUAAUAAUUGACGGUGUUAUUAUGAACACCACUACACCAUCCGGACUGUAUCGAAAACUUGAUUUCGAUGCGCAUAUUCACGUAGCUGGCAGGCCACCGGAUGAUAUGAGUGAAGGCAUAGAGAUAUCAUUUCAUGGAUGCUUAGCAAGGCUUUACUUGAACAAUAUUGAUUUGUUAGCUGAAUUACCGACAGAACAAAAACGUGAAUGUCAAAUGCCUCGGCCACAACUGAUGACAAUAGCGAAGGGAGGCUUCGUCGAGAUACCGUUCUCAUUUCUUCCGUUCUCAAUCGAAUUCCGUAUUUUGCCACAACCCACAACGAUUCUCAUGCUAAGUGAUGCUCAAAAUGAUUCAUUGCUUGUGCUGAGUAUCAAUCAAAAUCAGCACCUCUCAAUUGCUACUAACAAGUCGAGAGUGGAACAAGUUUCUCAUCCAGGUACAAUACUCUUAUUUACUCUUAUGAUAGUUCAACAACGCUGUUAUGAUUGUGGAUUGGAUGAGUUGUAUAUUGGCUUGCUUGCGAUAAUUGAAGGCAGUGACUGGAUGGAGUUGAUGAGACAUAUUUCAGUGAUUGCAGUAGGUGAUGGAUCGUGGCAUUCCUUAUCGUUGAUGAUUUGGGGUGCGCGAUUGAAUGUUGACGUUGAUNAACUGGCCCAUUUCCAUCUGUCUGCAAUCGGUUGCUAUCGCUCGGCGACCGUCGCGUUUCGUUCAGCCAACUUCUUCGGCGAUGUCACGCUGGACACAUGCAAAUACAGUUUUCGGUGUGCACCGAAUCCAUGCGAAAACGAUGGUAUUUGUGAACAAAUAACUUUGAACGAUUAUCGCUGUAUUUGCAAACGGAAUUUCUACGGACGCACUUGUCAUUCUUGUCAGUUUUAUAACUCACAUUCGGUUUUCUUAUUCAAGUCUUGUUUUUUGAUAUCUUUUAUCUUUGUUCAACAUCGAGGAGACAGAUCCACUAGCAAGCGCGUAACCAUCAAAAACGUAUCGCUUGAUUUGGACGGUGGUCAUUUAUUGCGUCCAGUUACGGUUCAGUGUGCACGAACAAUAGAUCAAUUCGGUGGUAUGGAUCCUUCAGAUCAAGAUCAAACAAUCACAACAACACUUUAUCACAACCUGGAACCAUCUGGGCUGUUCGUGAGUGGAUACACCGAGCCAGGAUCAAUUCGUAAAACGCUUCAGUAUGGAUUGGAGUUGAAUCAGAUCGAUCGUUUCGUUGAUGGUUUCGAAUGGUGUGAGCAGUACAUGCGAUACGAAUGUCGCGGUGGUGCAAAGUUGAUGACGUUUGGCUACGAAAGACGACCGUCGUCGUGGUACGCGACACGGAACGGCCAACACGGUUUGCAAUGGGCUGACGCAGCGCCGUAUUCACGGAUGUGCUCGUGUGCAAUCAAUUCGUCGUGUAUCCACAAUCGAAUGUGCAAUUGCGACAGUGGUGAGGAUGCGGUCGAUGAGGGUUUCAAUUCACAUAUGCAACUACUGCCCAUCAUGAAUCUCUACCUCGGUGGCACUACACCCAGCUCGUCGAUUAACGUCUCGAUCGGUGCGCUCGUUUGCUCACAUCGAUCCGUAUUCGACACAAUCUCAUUGCUGAGUCGAGAUAUUCAUUUGAGUGGUUCACAGUCAUUUGCGGCAUCACUACUCGACAUCAGCAUGCACGUUCGUUUCGGUCAUCCACGAAUGAACAUCUUCACCUGGCAGUCGGUGAAUGCUCAACGUUGGUAUCAGUUGUACACAGCCGGUGGUCAGCUCAUUGGUCAACUAGUGAACGGUGGUAAUGUGAUUGAAAUUGAAUCGGAUCUUCCGAUCAAUGACGAUAAAUGGCAUCACGUCUAUUGGGAGGUGCACGAGGACGGUAUGGUGUUGAAGGUGGAUGGAAGUGUCGCGUAUUUGAAUCAGUCCAUUGUAUUACCUCACACGUACACUUGGAUUAUUGGAUCACGAACACAACAUGGCUUAUCUGGAUAUGCGGGCAUGAUCAGAAAUCUCUAUUUGUGCGGAAAGGAAAUUCAGCUGUCGUCAUUACUUCGAAAAUUGCCCAUAUCACACGUUCAGCUUAUUAAGAUCGGUGAACGUGGUGUGUGUAGGAAGGACAGUUGUGCGAAUGAUGCUAUAUGCACUGAACUUUAUGAUAGUUACGUAUGUAAUUGCUCAACAACACCGUUCACUGGACCGAAAUGUGAUCAAGAUAUUGGUAUGUCAGUUCCGAAAGGAUCGCACCUUUCUAUACCGUGGCAACACCCAGCGCACAAAGCAUCUUGUUUUCGUAUCGCCAUACAAUCAUAUUCACUUAAUUAUUCACUUAUUCGUGCCAAAGCGCUCUUCGCUGAUUCCGAAUUUAAUCUCACUGUCAAUGAACAUGGUUAUUUGGAUAUGUCAGUGUUCGAUGGUUUUUUCUUUCAUCACAGAUCCUCAGAUACAUAUCAUCGCAUCAGCGAUAACGAAAUGGCUGAUAUUCGAUUUUGUGCCGAUAAAACUGCGUUCACUAUGACCAUCAAUAAUGAUGAAUCAAUAUCAAUGCAAGGCAACUGGACGUUCUUUGAGCAGUUGAACGUUUGGAAUUUUUUGGAUAAAAAUUUCACAGGGUGUAUCACACGAUUACAGGUGGGAAGCGGAUUUCCGCUAAAAGAUCCAUCCUCAUCGCGGUUAUCUUAUAAGGGCGAUAUUCGGUUUGGUAGUUGCCCCUUCGAUCAACUGAUGUUUCCAUCAGGUGAAGUCGAUGAGGAACAAGAAAUUCACUCCGAGAUACAAAUCCAUGCGAUCGUCGAGUAUCGUAAUUCGUUGAUGAUUUUAGCGCCCAUAAUCGCCCUUGUAGCUGCUUGUGCGAUAUUAUUAUUGAUACUAACGAUAGUUUGUUGGAUUCGAAAUCGGCCAGAUGGAGUCUAUAAAACAAACGAGAACAUUCUGGCGUAUUGCAGUCCGAGUCGAUCUGAGGAACCAUUAGUUGUGAAUAAUUUAACGAAGGAAUAUUUUUGUUGA